UACAUUUCUCCAUCUCUGAGUCAGACCAGCGUCUUACAGUGUCUGCUAGACUACCCAGUGAUUUUACAAUUCUUUAGUUUACCCAUAAUGCUACUGCAAGGGUUUCUGAGGAAAAAUACUGAACACAAAGUGCAUGAAUUCUUCAAGUCAUUUUGAAAUAUCACAAUUAGUUGUAGUUUAUGCUUACUUGUCUUUCUUAAGUCUACCUUUUUAAAUCGUACAGCAGAGAAAACAGUGGGCAGAUAGAGCCCUGUGGGUGUCAAACAUUUAACCUAUUCCUUUAGAUCUGCAAUUCAAUGUAUCUAAUUAUAUUUUGGGGUUUUAAAAAAUAAAUAAAUGUUUUUUUACAGUCUACGUUACUGAUUUGCUUUCAUUCCUCCUUCACGUUCGGAUGGAAAAACAAACGAGAAGCGGCAGUCUCUAUAGCAACUCAUGAUUAUCGGUGAAGAGAGUCGUGGCACAUGAUGGGCGGAAAAUCUAAUCUGUAAUACACAGACAGCUCGGGGAUGGACCUCAGUCGUCUGACAGCUGGGAGACGGGCUAAUUCAGAAUCAUCCAGUGAGUAAUGCGGCGCAUGAUAACGAUCCUCAGCGAAAAACACCAGGCCGCCCUGUUAUAAAGACAACUAGAUACUGUCCGACGACGACGAAGAAGCUUUUUUUCGCAAACGUGCGACUAGUGGACGCGUAUACUUACAGACAGGAACAACAGUUCUUUGACCUGCUGCUGUUCUAGCCUUCGAGCAGUUCAAUUGGUGUCUUUUUAAAGAGGUGCAUUUGCGGUAGAAAAGGUCCAUCCAUCAUUGGAUGGCUGCGAGUGUGGAAUUCCCUGGUACUGUUGCACAUGAUGAUAAAUGUCGUCCCGCAAAGCUAAAAGAAAUUGAAUGAAGACGAAUUCACAACUACUGAAGCUCAGAUCGAACAUCUGGACGUUGUGAUUUCCCCGUCAACCAUGGGAAAUAGCGUCUCGAGCAUACCGACAUUGCAAAGAGGCCAUCAAAAUAAAUUUCAAAGACUCCCAAACUCUCACAAAGAUUCCCUGGGGGGCCCGUUCCCCGCCACCUCUCACCGGUGUCACCACAAGCCCAAGCGAUGCCUGCCCGUCCAGCAGUGCGCGGGGUUCCCCUCCAGCCCCCUCCUGUUUCACCCCAACGCCAAGGGGUCCCAGAUCGUCAUGGACCUGUCCCAGAAGUCCGUCAAGCGGCAGUCCAGCUUCUGCAACGCCAUCACCUUCAGCAACCGGCCCGUCGCGCUGUACGAGCAGGUCAGGCUCAAGAUCACCAAGAAGCAGUGCUGCUGGAGUGGAGCCCUCCGUCUGGGCUUCACGGCCAAGGACCCGUCCCGCAUCACCCCUGACAGCCUCCCCAAAUACGCCUGCCCCGACCUGGUGUCCCAGGCCGGCUUCUGGGCCAAGGCCCUGCCCGAGGAGUUCGCCAACGAGGGGAACGUCAUCGCCUUCUGGGUGGACAAGAAGGGGCGGGUGUUCUACCGCAUCAACGACUCCAGCCCCAUGCUGUUCUUCAGCGGCGUGCGCACCAUCGAGCCCCUGUGGGCCCUCAUCGACGUGUACGGCCUGACCCGGGCCGUCCAGCUCCUCGACAGCGAGAUCGUGCCGCUGGACUGCCUGCGCCCGCGCUCCUUCACCACCGUGAGGCGCUCUUCCCUGCGCCGGGAGGCGGACGAGUCGCGCCUGUCCGUCAGCCUGUGCGACCUGAACCUGCAGGAGGAGCAGCUGCACCUGGCGUCGGCCGCCUGCCCCGUGCCGCAGAACUCGCUCAACUCGCAGCAGUGCCACCUGCUGGCCGCGCAGCUGGACUGCGACCUGCGCUUCCACCAGCUGCGCGGCGCCCACGUGCAGACGCUGGACGAGCACACGGUGUCGCGGGCGGAGCACGGGGCGUCGCGCGAGGAGCGCACGCUGGUCUUCACCGAGCGGCCGCUCCACGCCGGCGAGACCGUCUUCGUCAAGGUGAGCAAGUCCAGCCCCGCCCGCCUGGGCUCGCUGUCGUACGGCGUGACCUCCUGCGACCCCGGCGUCCUGCGGCCCAGCGACCUGCCCUACAGCCCCGAGUCGCUGGUGGACCGCAAGGAAUUCUGGGCCGUGUGCCGCGUGCCCGCCCCCUUGCAGAGCGGCGACAUCCUGGGCUUCCUGGUCACGCAGGAAGGGGAGGUGGUGCUCAGCCACAACGGCGUCAGCGCGGGGAUGCAGGUCUGCGUGGACAACUCCCGCCCCCUCUGGAUGUUCUUCGGCCUGCACGGCGCCAUCACGCAGCUGAGGAUUCUGGGUUCGACUCAGCAGGCCGACGCCCGUGGCCCGUCGGUCCCCUGCUCGCCCUCCUCCAGCCCCAACACGCCCCCCGGGCUGUGCAGCGGCAGCUCGGAGCCCGCCCUCAACGGCACCUGCGGGGGGGCCUUCUGCAGCUCGACUGGAGGCACAACUCCCAGUUCCCCCAUCAGCCUCCCCAAGUCCCCCACCUUCCCGUCAGGCUCUGGGGCCUGGAGCGACGAAUGCUCCAUUUGCUACGAGAACAUGGUGGACACGGUGAUCUACGCUUGCGGGCACAUGUGCCUGUGCUACACCUGCGGCCUCAAGCUGAAGAAAAUGUCCAACGCCUGCUGCCCCAUAUGCAGGAGAGCCAUCAAAGACAUCAUAAAGACCUACCGCAGCACGUAGGGGCGGCCCGGGGGACGUCCCUCGAGCAGGAUGGCGGACGUUAGCGAAGCCGACGCGAGGCUGCGGCGUUCAGGGUACAUUAACUCUGUUCACCGCCAAACACUUCUCCCAUCGCAGGUGGUCGUUAUUUCUGGUUCUUGUGCAGCCGAAAACACGCGAGAGGUCCGUUUAAAUUUCACAGGGGCUGCUGUGAUGCACUUUGUUACGCCGCAGAGGAUGUCGGAGUCCAUUAAAACUGUCCUCAGGUGACAUCAUCUCCAGAGACCUGAGACGAUUCAGGAUAUUUAAAAAUAAAAAAAACGCAAACAGGUCCAACGGUGCUGGAGAUUAACGUCAUAUCCCCGUCUGGGUCACAUGAUUACAGAGAGCGUCUCUUCGCGUGUGAACACACGCGGGCUUUUAAUGUGUUUUUAUUUCUACUGAAAUUUCUUAAGCCAGCACAAUCCUCCUCUUGUCCAUUUAAUAUAGGGCGAUGGUCAGCCCUUUGGACCAUGAGAAGUCCAAAUCCGGCUUUAUCAAACAGUUUGGGAAUAAGCCUCGGCAUGUCACAACAUUUGUCUGUGUGGUCCUGAGGUAAGUCCAACGGAAAAAAACAGCCCCAGAAGCCGCUACAGGAAACGGUACUAACCGCAGUUUCUUUCAGUUGUGUUCAGCUCCAUACAGUGAAUAUCUGUACUGUUUUGCAGUCACGUCGUUUUGUGGGUAAAAAGAUUGGCCUAAGGUAGAAGACUGGCAGCUUUGUUUAGAAAGGGACAAGUGUCUGAAGUCCGUAUCAAAAUAGAGAAAAAAGUAACAGCUGCAACAUGUCCUGCUCUCUGCUGGUAAAUGUUUUACCGUUUGCCUACCAUUCAUCCAUGCUUGCAAAUGAUUAUACGGUAUAGCACUGUACAGUCCUGUAAUGUGUUCUUGUAUUAGAGACAGGGUGUCCUCCACGACAGAAUGUGGUUGUGACGUAGCCGCGCUAACGUGGAAACGUACACACUUUUAAAUCGCAGGGAUUUCAGGUGCAGCAGGUGUUUCUCAGCCCUGGUAACACGACUGGAUUGAACGGUGCGGUUUUAGUGCAGCAUACACUUCGUGUCAGCAGCCGAAAACAAGGACAAGGCCUCCCCCUGGUGACCCAGUACACUGUGAACCCCGGAUAACGAGCCAACCAUUUAGGAUUUUGCGGGAAUCCGUUCGAUAUGGCGAUUUGAGUGAUGUACAUAAUAAUGCGAAUGUAUCGUUCGUCACAGCCAGUUACAGCGGAAUAGCCUCCGCUCGCCUUAACGUGUGAGAUAGGCUAUUGUGUUACAACAUCCGGUUGUUUUGUGAGUAUUUUGUCAUAUUCUGCCGCGAGCAAACACCAUGUAUGCUCCGGUGUGGUAUAACCACUGCACACCACUUACGGCUGCGGUGGCGUAAUAAACGAAGUGGUCCAGUGACAACCAAAAGCAGGGGUUAAUAACGAUAAAUAAACGACAGUAACGUCAAAAGGUAACCGUUGAUGGGGAGGAACAUAUUUAUAGACCGGUUGGAUUAUAAAACAACUCCAAAAUCUCCUCCUUAGUAACCAUGUCACUUACAGCGAGACAUUUUUAUUUAUAUUCCUUUCCCUGUCCUGUGUUUGGUGAUCGAUAUAUGCCAUUUGAUAAGGAUAAUCAAUAGGUACUGUACCUACUGUUUUGUUACUUUAUUUCAUUUCAAAUAAUGACGAAAGCAGAUCAUCUCUCUCUCUUAAGAAGAGUACCCUACAUUAAAAAGCAGCAGUGCUCACAGUCUGCAUUGGAGGAUUCCGUGCAUCGCGGAAUACGUGUUUGUAUGGGUGCCAUCGGCAGAACAUAACACACUAACAGUGAUGACUGGACAGCGACCGUUUCAAAUUUGGCGUCUUUCUUGCGUCGGCAAUCUUGUGUUGAGAUUCAACGAGGAUGACACUUUUCGUGGUGUUAAACUAGCGUGUAGUUCAGGCCUUCUGGUGAAUCCAUUCAUUAAUGACAGUACUAGUUUACAUUUGUGUGCAUUACUCUUUGGUUUUAAUAUAUGGGUGUUUGGUUUGAGGGCUCUUUUCUCCAGUAAUUUGAAUUCGUUGGGCUUGAUUUUGCUGUUGAGCUCACUGAAUGUGUCUGCUAGAGGGUUAGAGGGUAUGGGGGAAUGGCUCUGACAUCCAAGAAUUCACAAAUAUCCCCUGUGGUUUAUAUCUGUGUGCAGUUGUGGGAGGUAAAACAAAAAAAAGUCAGGAUCACACUUUUGGGGGGGGGAAACAAAAAGAGAUGGAAUGGACAGAAUAAAUAAAAAUUGAUAUGCCACAAAGGUCAGGUUGAACCUAAUAACAUCAGCCAUGUGCGUGUCGUGACUUUGGGUUGACCCCUUUCGGUCGACAAGGAUUUUCAGGUCAACUUUGGACGGCUUUCUUCUCUAAAACUGGCCUAUCCAGACUUCAGGUUUUCCCGCGAUGCCUAUGAGAUUUUAUAAUAAGCUUUCUGAGUGUGAGAAACAUUUGAUGCUGUGGCUUCAAAACCGGCUGGUAUUUAAAAUGAAUAAAUCAGUAAAAAUUAAUCUUUAGUCUGUAAAAAAAUGAAAGAAAACAGCCAGUAUGCCACAACACUGCAGUGGAGAACACAUACCCAAUGAAAUUAUUUGAAAAGAUCUUUUUUUUUUUUUUUUUUUUUAAGGAAUAAUGUGAUGUAACAUACAUUUAAAUAUUUGAAUCUUGAAUAUAUGCUGCUAAAGUGUUUGCUGUGACUCUAUUUGGCAAAUGCUAAAAUCAACAGUACAUUUUCGAUGCAUAUAUUGUACGGUAAUAAGAUAGAUAUAGGCUAUUGCUUGACGUGUUUGUGUAAGUGGUUAAUUUACUUUAGAAAAGCGACUCUGGUUACAGCAGCAAUACCUGAAAGAUGUGUUUUGUCUUUUUUUAUUUUCCAUUGUUUGGGGAAGCUUAUUUAGACCAUAAGUGAGUAUGUAUUGUCUGAAUUAUAGAUUCCAAUAAUCAUCUCUUUUAAAAAAAAAUUUUUUUUACAAAAACUCAACAGGAUGUUUAUAGGAAAACAUAGUGCCUUCUGGCAAUAAUUCACAAUCUUACUAAACGCUGUACUGUAACAGCAAGGUGAAAUUAUGUAGAGUUAAUGUCAAACAUUUACAUGUAAAUAGUUUUGCUGUUGUAAUUCAUUCCAGGUGCACUCCAGCUUGUAAUCAGUGGAGAAAGACACAGGCACGGUGGUUGGGUGUCACACCUUUCUCAGUACAGGUACCCCUAAAACAGAGUUUUCAUUAAUCUCUAGGUUCAGCCCAUUUCAGUAAGCCUUUCCUAUUUACAUGGCUUUCUCUAGCAACAUUGCAAUGUGUGUGCUUACUGUCACUUUAAAUCGUAAACAGAUAUCCUAAUCGAUAAAUCAUUAAUGCAGUCCUUGGAUAUUUUUUUUUGCUUUGAUCAUAUCCCAGGAACUGCUGAUACUCUUUUUGACCAAAUUUGUCAAUAAUGAAAAAAAAUGAAUUUAAUUUUAUUUUCUGAACUUGAUGAAAAAUAUUCACUAUUUACUGUAAAAUAGGUUUGUUUAUUUAUUUUGCCAUUGAUUUAUUAUAUAUUUGUCACUUACGUGUCGGAGCUGUGUGUGUAUGAAUGUAUGUAUGUGUGUAUGUAUGUACAGAAUUUACAGUUGUUCAGUUAAAUAUAUGAAAGAUCUACCAUUUGUGGACAAACAUCACCCCAUAAUUGAACAGCAUACCAGUGCAGAAGCUGACUGCAGGUCAUUUAACACUGAUUGGCGAGUAAAGAUCUGAAGUAAAGAAGAGCCCCACCUUUGCCUGGAACAAUUUGAAGUUUCAAAAAUAUGAAAUCUUGGCAGGAAGUACUGGACGUGCGUCAGCCUUCGCGCAUUCGGGUAUCUCGCUUGCACAGAGCGUCUUUGAUUUUUUAACACGGAGUGCACUUACACAGCAGAGUGUUUAUCUUGGUCGAGAGUGUGACGGCAGUAUCCCCGCAUGGGAAGUGCAGGUCUCAGCGAGCAGCCCAAUCUAGCAGCCAUAGUACACUGCCAAGCCACGUCUACAGUUCCGUCUUCUGCACGUCCGAUCUACCACUUUUCCCACGGUUUAAUCGUUUUAUGCAGAGAUGAGGCUUGGGUGGCCUUUUUAGCCAGGACAUGGAUUUCCCUGAAUAAACCCUGAACUUAAGGAGCCGACGGCUCGAUUGUGUCGUAGACGCCAAGUUUCAGCUGCAGCUUCUCUGUAUGGUUCUGUUGCCGUUUGUCACGUUUUCCCGAGACGUACAAAUAAUUUUAUUUUUCUGUUUUUGAUAUCGAUUUUUUUUCCCCUCCUUAAAUUUCGGAUUAAUCUUUUUAAGUUAAAUUUUAUCAACCAAUUUUUACCAAAAUGUUGAUUAGUUAACCCCUUAACGGUGGGGAAAACUCCCCAGAAGCUUGACAAUCUCCAUGCUCCCCCCCCCCCCCCCAAAAAAAAAUCCGUCCUGUAUUGUCCAUGCUCAUAGCACUGAGUCCCUAUCAGUGAAUGCUGGGACCAAAUCACAGGACCAGGUUCCGUCUCCCACACCAAAAAAAAUCUGGUUUAUUUUCUACCCCUAAUUUCAUUUUCAUUGUGACUGAUAUUGAAAUGCCACUCAGUCUUUUUUUGUAUUCCUGUAGUACUAGCUUAAGUGGUCUGUCUGUAAAUUCUGUUCUCUGCGUGAGUCAGAUGGCUGUGGCUGUCAAUAAAAUUUCCAGAUGUGUUUCA